AUGGCAGACCUUGAGUACAUAUCUGUACUCGAGGACAUUAAGCAAUUUGUUCUCAAUGACAAGCUUUCCUACCGCGGCAUCUGCACCGAGGAGGAAUUUGACGCCACAGUAGAGCGCUGUCAUGCCAAGCAGGUGGAAUGGAAGACUGCGGCCCGGGAUAUGCAGCAGUGUAUCGAGUGGGACGUCUGGGUUUUCUAUUUCCUCGAUUACAACAAUGCGGAGGCGGUUGUCAAUUUCCCUGGUAGAUUUCAGAUCGCUGGCGAUGGUCCACGCGCGCGGAAAUUCGAAUUGGUUGAGAGGAGGAUAAUGCUUUCUAACUUUGAGGUGCUGAAUAUCUGGAAGGCGAAGAUAGAGAAGCUGGAGACAGAGGAGAAGAGAUUGAGGGACGAGGGAAAGUUCGAAUGGGAGAAAUUGAUGACUGCGGCGCUUCAGAAGAAGAAGCGUGGCUAUCUUGAUUUCGAAAACAAGCAGCGAAAGAGGUUUGCAGACCAAAUUCAUCAAUUUUACAAGGUCAAGGCAGAUGGUGUGAGAGAGGAGAUUAAUGCAUUGGAGGUUGAAUUGGAAAGGAUGGGGGAGUAUGUUAAACAGCGGUUGGAAGCCAUUCAUCAAGACUUCUAUGGGUUACCAGUCGAUAAGGAUGAUAAAGUGACAGGAGUAUUGCUAAGAGUCAUCCUGUACAACUUUGCCUUAACAGCCUCUCCAUAUAAACAGAUAUACUACUUUGAGAUCUCUUUAUCUAUUCACGAACAUACACUGGAUCUUUUUACAAUCGGCGAAAUACGCAUCAAACAUCAGGCUAUAAGAAUGAAAGAAGAACUGUCAGUCUUGGAGGAUCUACGACUAUAUGCAGCCAAUAUUGGAGCGUCGUAUAGAGGUUCAUGUAGUGAUCGUAAUUCUGAACAGAUGGUAGAGUCUAAGAAGCGGUCUGAAACGCGCAAGGUGAAGGAUCAGAUAUCUACUGAUUUAACUAAACAGCGUCAUUAUCUGCUCCAAAAUGUCCCGUUUUUACAGAUUUUAAGCCAAAGUUGUUACAAGAGUAAAAAAGAUCAAAAAGUACAGAAAGGGGUUUCAGAGACCGAUCCAUACUGGCUCAAAUUGCAACAGCUUUACGGUACUGGCACAUACUGA